UUUUUGGCGGGAACGCAAGGUGUCAAGUUGUGCGAUUUGUUUUAUUUUGUCUAUUUAGUGUUUCUUCAGUUUUAAAUGUGUAAUAUCGGUGUUUUAUUAACUGUUUAGUAUCUGAGAAAGUGCACAAAUGUGGGAAAAUGAAACAAAGCCGUUGGACGUAACUUCUCGGGAUCCUCCAAAAAAGUCCACUGAAAAAAUCUCAGUAAACGAUCACCAUUCUAACGAUGAAGAAAUUAGCUGGCUAGCCAGUGAAGAGGUUAAACCGGAUAAACAAAUAAAAGAAGUAGAUGAAAUAAAUUUACUUUACCUUGCCUUACUGCCAUGCCAUGAAACGGUAAUAAGACAUAUUAUGCCAACUAAAAUUAUUGCAGAACUAAAAAAUAAAGAAUUACAAAAUGUUUUGAAUACAGCUGAAAAAGAACAUAGCGAUCUAGUCACAGGAAAAUACGAAGGUGGACUAAAAAUAUGGGAAUGCACUUACGAUUUGUUACAAUACCUGAUGCAUAACAAGGAUAUAAUAGAAUUUCAGGAUAAAAAUGUUUUAGACCUGGGAUGUGGAGCAGGAAUAUUAGGAAUAUAUGCACUGCAAAAUGGAGCUAAUGUUACAUUUCAAGAUUAUAAUAAAGAAGUCUUGGAGAAUGUUACUAUUCCCAAUGUAUUAGUAAAUAUAGAAGAAAAAUUCAGAGAAAAAGAGAUAAAAAGAUGUAAAUUUUACUCUGGAGAUUGGACUCAUUUCAAUAAUUUUCUACCAAACAAUGAACAAUUUGAUAUAAUUCUUUCAUCUGAGACUAUUUAUAAUGAGUCCAAUUAUGUUAAAAUUAUCACAUUAUUUAAAAACAGAUUGAACAAUAAUGGUAGUGUGUUUUUAGCUGCAAAAUCUGUUUAUUUUGGUGUUGGUGGUGGCACAAAACAAUUUGAAAAUACUCUAGAAAAAUAUGGAUCAUUAAAAUCAAAUGUAUGUUGGAAAACAGAAACUCCAAUAUUAAGACAAAUUUUGAAAAUAACAAAGUAAAUACAUAAAUAAAGGUUGAUUAUUUUUAUCUUUGGAUAGUAACAUACAUUCAGAAAUAGGCAUUUUUUUUCUAUAAUAAGUGGGUGAGCUGACUCCCCACCUUGUGUUAAGUAGUCACCAGAGCCAAUAGACAACAAUGUAAAUGCCACCAAUCUUGAGACAUGAGUUUUAAGCCUCAGUUUUUACAGUAGGAUAUCUGCCCCAACCGAAUCAUAUUUUGAUUCGAUUCAAAAACAUUUCUGCUGCACAACAGAAGGUACAAACUCGAGUGAAUUCAUAAGCUACCACCAGUAAUAUAAUUAUCCUUAUGUUCCACAGAGACCAUACUAUACUAAUUCAUUUAUAAUUGGAAUAAAAUAAAUCUUGAAUGAAA